AUUGCAUCAAUUCUGAUUAUGAGCCAGAAAGAAGAAGAAAUGGAGGACAGCUCCCCGCCACUGUGCGUCACCUGUGGCCAAGCGCAUUUACCGGAAGAAAACCACUUGUACAGCUACACCGAAGAAGUAGAUGAUGAUCUGAUAUGCCACAUUUGCCUGCAACCUUUGCUUCAGCCAUUAGACACGCUCUGUGGUCACACCUUCUGCACAGCCUGCCUUACAAACUUCCUUGUGGAAAAAGACUUCUGUCCCAUGGACCGCAAGCUUGUGAUUCUCCAGACGUGCAGGAAGUCCAGCAUACUAGUGAAUAACCUCCUGGAUAAGCUAAUGGUUAGCUGCCCUUUCACAGAACACUGCUCAGAGGUUGUGCAACGUGGUCACCUUGAACAGCAUUUCCAAACCCAAUGUAAAGGAGCAUCCCAUUAUGGCCUUACCAAGGAGCGGAAGAGGCGUUCCCAGGACUGCUCUCCUGACCGUGGCUCCAGCUUAGCAGUAGCUGCCCUGGGCCCUGAGCUCUCAGCAGCUGCAGCCAUUGCCUUAAUGACAGAUGAGCCAGGGCUGGUGAACCCGGCCUUCAGCCCCACCUCAGAGGACAGCCAGCUGGGUAGCAGCCCCGGAGACCUGCACCGCAGCAACCGCAACAGGACUCGACACUUUGAACGUUCCACUAUAAGAAGCAGAUCUUUUAAAAAAAUAAACAAGGCGUUCAGUGUUCUUCGAAGGACAAAAAGUGGAAGUGCUGUUUCCAACCAGACUGACCGAGAAAGGGAGACUGUUGGAAACUCUGCUGCUGGAGAGGAAGAUUCAGAAUCCUCCAUACAACCCCCCGUGACAAAAACACAACACUCUGUGGGAAAACCUGGAAGAAUCACCAAAAACAAGACAGAAAGUUUCCUUCUUUCUAGAUUCAGCAGCUCUUCGAUAUUUAAGGACUGGAAAUAUAAAAUGGUAAAGAAAGGUUUUCCCAGGCUGUAUCACCUGAUUCCAGAUGGGGAAAUUACCUGCAUUAAGAUCAGCCGUACUGAUCCCCAUGAAAACCUGGCCAUUAGGAUCGUGGGAGGCAGUGAGACCCCUUUGGUUCACAUUAUUAUACAGCAUAUUUAUCGAGAUGGGGUCAUUGCCAGAGAUGGAAGAUUGCUACCUGGAGACAUGAUACUAAAGGUAAAUGGCUUGGACAUCAAAAAUGUGCCUCACAACUAUGCCCUGUCAAUCCUGAAGCAACCCUGCCACGUGCUGCGACUGACUGUGCUCCGAGAGCAGAGGUACCGGUGCCGAAACAGCGGACUUUCCCUUGAUGCUCACUGCAACAGGGAUGACAGCUUCCAUGUAGUGCUAAACAAGAGCAGUCCGGAUGAGCAGCUGGGAAUAAAGCUGGUCCGCAAGGCCGACGAGCCAGGGGUAUUUAUUUUCAACUUGCUGGAAGGGGGCAUGGCUGCCCGUGAUGGGCAGCUGCAGGAGAAUGACCGUGUGCUGGCCAUCAAUGGGCACGACCAUCGCUACGGCAGCCCGGAGAGCGCAGCCCAGCUGAUACAGGCCAGCGAGAAGCAGGUUCACUUCGUGGUGUCGCGGCAGAGCAGGCAGCAGACCCCCGACCUGCUGCAGGAGACGGGCUGGAGUUCCAGUGCUGGCAGCUCCCACCCUUGUCCCGCCGAGAGAAACACCCCCGGCAAGAGCACCCUUCACACUGUCACCUGUCAUGAGAAGGUGGUGGCUGUCCGGAAAGAUCACACAGAAUCACUGGGAAUGACUGUGGCAGGUGGAGCAUCUAACCGGGAAUGGGAUUUGCCUAUCUAUGUGAUAAGUGUGGAACCUGGAGGAGUGAUCAGCAGAGACAGCAGGAUAAAAACAGGUGACAUCCUCCUGAACGUGAAUGGGAUUGAUCUGACAGGAGUCAGCCGGAGUGAGGCUGUCGCCCUGCUGAAGAACACCAACUCCUCAGUGGUGCUCAAAGCCCUGGAGAUGAGAGCAUGUGAAGCCCAGGAGGAGCAGGGUCACCUACCAUCCCCUGAGGACACACAGGUGACCUCCGAGAGCAGCGAGUGGUCACCGUCUUGGGUUAUGUGGCUGGGGCUGCCACGAUAUUUGUACAGCUGCAAAGAAAUUGUAUUACGAAGAAAUACAUCUGGAAGUCUUGGCUUCAGCAUCGUAGGAGGUUAUGAAGAACAUACUGGGAACAAACCAUUCUUUAUCAAAUCCAUUGUUGGGGGAACACCAGCAUAUAAUGAUGGCAGAAUUAGAUGCGGUGACAUCCUCCUUGCUGUCAAUGGCAGGAACACAUCCGGAAUGAUGCAUGCCUGCUUGGCAAGGAUGCUCAAAGAACUAAAAGGAAAAAUUACUCUCACAAUUGUGUCCUGGCCUGGCACAUUUUUAUAAAACAAGUCUUCAUGGAGAGUAUGACAAGUAUCUUAACAUGGGGAAAACAUUUUAAAAAAAGGAACACCAGUCUUUGCUUUUUUGGGGAGUAAAGUAUGUAUUUAUAAAGAAAAGGUUUGUGAAAUUUCAACCCGCAUGUCAAGAAAAGUCAAGUUUAGGCAAAACAGUGACACCCGUCAGAAAAUCACUUCAGAGUGAUCCAAGCUACAGACUUAAGUCCUUCCUUCCCUGUGUUCUUAGGGGUUUUUUGUUGUUUUUUUUUUAUACAUUCCUAUAUAUCUAUUUAAUGCAUAAUAAUAACAAUAAUAAUGAUGAAAUGGAAGGAGCAACAGCUUCUGCUCACCCACUUUAUUUUGAUUUACAAAAAGAAAACCUUGAGCAACCUUAUGGAAAUAUCUCUUGCAAUUUUUCUAGUUGCAAUAAUCAGGUGAAGGUUUUUAUCCAACACAUUAACAGCACUUUGAUUAUGUGUACCUUUUCAUGGUCAGCAUGAAGCUGGUAUUUUCAAGACUUUCAAGUACUAUUUGUUAGUCUGUAAAACUGUGAAUGAAAUUUCUAAAAUAAUUAAAAAUAAUUGUAACUGU